AUGGAAGAGACUCCCCCAGAGAUACUCUCUGAUUUAUCAGAGACAGUGAUAACAUCAAAGGCAGCAGGUAUACCAGGACAGGCAGAAAAUGCCAACAAGCCGGAGUUUCCAGUGCAAGUCAACCUCUCUCCCAUCGCCAAGCGCGCAUGGAGUCUGGCUAGCGAAGCCACCGGUCGCCUACAGUGUUUUCAGAGGCGUGCCGAACGUUGGUUUCACGACGCAUCGGCCGCUGGAGUAGACUGGAGAAAGCGGGAAAUCUAUCUGGAAGAGGCGACCAGGGUAGAACAAAGGUGGAUGUUGCUCCUCGCCAAGUUUAAGCUGUAUAAAGAGACGGAGGCGAGCUUAAGGCCCAUUGAGAGCAAGCUGAAUACAUCUUACGCCCGUCACAUACUGGCCUUCCGGCGCGCCGUCUUUGUCAACCGCUAUCGAAUAAUAUUUGAACGUUUAAACUUGCGUGGGAGCAUGAAUGUGUCUCCAGACUUGGACAAAACGGUAGCUGAUCAGAUAUCGAUGUGGACGUCGUUCGAAGAGCGCAUCAGGGGCGAACAAAAAGCGGCAUACCAUCCCCAAUCUGGAGGUCCUGCAGCAUCAAAAGCCUUUGCACAGGUAUGCAAGCAGCUGGGCAUCGAUUGGUAUCAAUCUAUGGAAACAGUCCUUGGCUUUGGGAGACGGGGGAUGCUACCGCCCGAUAUCCUCUCAUACAUCGAGCAUGGGCAGCUCCAUCUGGUCCGCCAUUACAUUACAUCCGACGUUAGAGACUUUCCGUUCCUCUAUUUUCCAGCGGAUAUAGAAUAUACCAGACGACUCUUGAUUGCUAAUACGCUGUUGAGGUUGCUUCGCAGGUGGUACCCGCCGGGGCCUAACCAGAAUGAACCAGGCCCUCAAUUUUACGAAGACAAGAGGAGGCUGAAUUCUGGAGGCGUUAUCGGAACAUAUACAGCCAGGGAGCAGAUAGCUGAUGAAAUUGCCAUGCAGUUGUCCAGUUCUGAGUAUCAGGAUCGAGUAGAAAUGCUCUUCAGCCACCUUUUGUCUAGACGGCUUAUGAUUGUUAAAGAGGUGGAAAGGAAUGAGCUAUAUCAUGUAGCUUGGCUCAGGAGAAGUGCAGAGCGCCAUUUACUGUUGUCAGAGGAGCUGGGCAUGAUGAUGGAUCUUAUACGAGGAGACCAGGCAGUGGGGAAAUCGCAGUUUGGGAGUUAUGGCGAGCAUGUAGUCCCGCUAGAUACCUUCUACGGAGCAAGUCCUGUCGGGUAG